AUGGAGUUCGCCAACCGCGGCAUGUAUGGCAUUGAAGUGGUGGGUGCGAUUUUCUUGGCGCAUUUCUUGCGACUGAACACCUCCUUGACCACCUUCAACUUCAGGCUGAAUCACGUGGAGAAGGACGGCGCGAAGGCCUUAGCACAAAGCUUGCUGGGCAACGCGCAGACCGUCUUGCAGACGGUGAACACCAUGGGCCCGACCAAGAUGAAGCCCGGGAUCGACUUUGGCCACUUCAAGACCGGACACUUAACCACGGUGGACCUCUCGAAGCGCGGCUUGGAUGACGAUGACUUCGUCUUCCUCGAGGAAUGGCUGAGAAGAUACGACUGCGUCACCGACCUGAACCUCUCGUGGAACUUCAUGUCCCGGGACGGCAUUCGCAAGCUCACGCGGCACAUCAAGGAGUCAAAGGUUUUGACCAAGCUGAACUGCGUGGGAUUGCCUGUGACGCUGGAGGGCUCGGCGCUCCUGGCACGCGCGGUGGUGGAGAACCACACGCUGCGGCAAGUGGCGUUGCCGUUGGGACACUGCCACGAUACCACCGAGCGACAACAGAUGAUCCAACAGUUCGGCAUGGGCCUCGCGAGCCACCCCACGCUGCACAGCUUCGCGUGCACGCGGACGCCCAACUUGGAGUAUGCCCGGGAGGCCCAGGGAAAGGCCAUAACUGCGAGUACGUCGGACCCAGUCAUUGAGAAGUAA